AUGCAAUUUAUGUAUCCAAGUAUCAUAAUAUCAGAAGUAUGUGCAAAAAGUCAAAUAUCAUUUAUUGGUACAAAAACUUCUAUAUCUUCUAAAAGCAAACCAAUGCAACAUUCAAGCCAAAAACGAAGUUCCGAGAUAUUUCCCAAGGACUUACUAGCCACAGUGAAUCGCAUCAACUUUUUUUCCUGCGGAAUUUCCGUUCAACCCUGCAUCAAGAUUGAAAACAGAAAGCGUCAGCAGAAUGAAAGGCAUAGAAAUGAUUCAUCACUUAAUUUCAUGUACUUACGAAAAGGUUCAGCCCGCGAAGAUAAAGAAAACAAGCAUUAA